UACCCAGCCAACCCUUUUCCUUAUCUCUCUCUCUCUCUCUCUCUCUCUCUCUCUCACCCCAAAACAGAGCAGAAAAAUCUCUCAAGCUUCAUCUCCAAUCCCCUUUUUCCUCUCCUCAAUUCUCUCUCUCUCCUCCUCGGAGGAGCCUCUGGCAGCUCAAGGCGUUCUUUGUUGAAAGAUCUGUGAAGAGAUGAACAGAUUCGGUUCUUACGAGCAGAACGCCAUGACAGGCUUUGAGGGGAUGAAGAUGGUGGAUUCAGUUGUGUGCCCAAAACCGCGUCGUUUAAGCGCCUUAAAUCCGUCGCUUAACGACUCCAUCAGACCUCCUUGUAGAUUCUUCAAUCACUACCAAUCAGAGAUUGAAGAUUCUCAAGCAGCGUCCGAGCUUCUGGACCUGAUUCUCAAUAAGGGGGAUAGUGGAGGUGAGAGAUCCAUGAAGCAAUUGGCUUCGUCGCCACCCUUCUUUUGCGGGUCUCCGCCGAGCCGGGCAUCCAACCCGGUCAUCCAAGAUGAGCAGUUUGGGAGCAGCAAGGUUGGGGGGGCCCUUUCUCGCCGACGGCGGGGCGCAACGGAGGAUGUGUCCGGAUGAAAUCCGGGGACAAGCCGGUUGCGGUGCGCAUCGAAGGGUUUGAUUGUCUUAGCAGGGACCGCAGGAACUGCAGCAUCCCGUCUGUAGCUUAAAUCUGACUAGAAGAAACGCAGGCCCUCAGAAGCAAAAUCAAAAGUGAUCAAGAGGGUGUUUUGGGAGAGAAAUCUAGAGGAGGAGCUUACUAAUCUUUUUUGGGGUCUUUUGAGUCUCAGAGUGUGUAAAAUUUUUGUAUAUAGAAGUCAUGGUCAAUCUGAUGUUUGUUAUUCCUUUUGUAUUGUAAAACCGAAGGAUGAUGUAUAUGUAAAUUAAGGCGAGGUGGGAGAUGAUGAAGAUGUCCCAUUCUGAGGAAUAAAGAGGGAAAGAAUUAGUGACUGAGGGGGUAUGUAGCCAUCUCUGUUUGGGGAGAUGGGAGAGGUUUCAUGGGACGACGAGUUUGUAAAUCUCCCAAAUGCUUUGUCUGGUUCUCAUGUCGUCCUCCGUUUGUAAUUGUAUUUUGGAGGAACUGAGGAUUUAGAUCUUUUGGAAUUUAUAAAAUUCAUGUGUUAUUGUUAUU